AUGAUUGUACAGUGUGAAUUCGUGAGGGACACCACGAUUGUACAGUGUGAAUUCGUGAGGGCCACCAUGAUUGUACAGUGUGAAUUCGUGAGGGACACCAUGAUUGUACAGUGUGAAUUCGGGAGGGACACCAUGAUUGUACAGUGUGAAUUCGUGAGGGACACAAUGAUUGUACAGUGUGAAUUCGUGAGGGACACCAUGAUUGUACAGUGUGAAUUCGUGAGGGACACAAUGAUUGUACAGUGUGAAUUCGUGAGGGACACAAUGAUUGUACAGUGUGAAUUCGUGAGGGACACCAUGAUUGAACAGUGUGAAUUCGUGAGUCUGAAAGUUUUAUCGUUGCUUCAUUACACAACAGUGUUGGCAUAUGAAAGACCUGAAAGCAGACGACAGGUUUUAAUGUUUUCUGUGGAGAACAAUCUCCGUUUACAAUAA